UCAGUUUGUAAACAUGGAGAACACCGGGUGCUUUACAUUUGAGCUACAGCCGCCGCGUCCAAUCACAUGCUGAGGACCGCGAGCCUGUACAGGAGGGACCAAUCAGAAGCUUGAUUUCACUAUCCUAUGGAUGCGAUCGUCCAAUAGGAAGUGGGGAAGGAGGGAUCAGGUCACAUAAGUGUUGUUGUUCGGUUGAUGCGUUUCUUUCCACGUUAUGUUCGACUAUUAAUCAUUAACUGGUUGUUUGUAAUUAUGUGGAAACACACGGGUAGUGUUUAUAACUUUUAGUUGGUUGUCGUGUCCUAAUGGAUGUUGUCUAAGGCGAUUUGGAGACUCUUAGAAGUGUUUGGAUCGUGAGUCAGUCGUCAUGAGUCACUGCACCAUCCAUCUCUUCCGUAAGGGCCUGCGGCUCCAUGACAACCCCACCCUGCUGGGGGCGCUGGCGUGCUCCUCCACACUGUACCCCGUUUAUGUCCUGGACCGCGCGUUCCUGGAGGGGGCGAUGCGUGUGGGCGCAUUGCGCUGGCACUUCAUUCUGCAGAGUCUGCAGGAUCUGGACGCUCGUCUGCGGGCGCUAGGCUCACGGCUCUAUGUUUUGCGCGGGUCCACGGCGGCGGUGCUACGGGAACUCGUGACCCGGUGGGGCGUCACACAAAUUAGCUACGACACAGAGGUAGAGCCAUAUUAUGCGUGCAUGGAGCGGGAAAUACAAGCGCUGGCACAGGAGCUUGGACUCCAAACGUACACACGUGUGUCGCACACGCUCUACGACGUCAAGAGGAUGGUAAAGGCGAACGGUGGCUCUCCUCCGCUUACAUAUAAAAAGUUCCUGCAUGUUUUGUCUGUUUUGGGUGAACCAGAGAAACCGGUUCGGGACGCCAGCGCUGAGGACUUCCUGAGAUGUGCGACCCCUGUGGAGCCGGAUCAAGAGCAGACGUACGCAGUUCCGUCUCUGGCUGAUCUGGGUCUAGAGGCUGAGUUUGAGGUUUUGUGGCCUGGCGGAGAGACGCAUGCGCUCCAGAGACUCCACAGAUACUUCCAGAGUCAGGGGUGGGUGGCAAACUUCUCGAAAGUGCGGACGGUGCCCAACUCUUUGCUUCCCAGCACCACGGGCCUCAGUCCGUACCUCAGUCUGGGAUGUCUGUCAGUUCGCACUUUCUACCACCGACUCAGCAGCAUCUACGCACAGUCGAAGAACCACUCGCUGCCGCCCGUGUCUCUCCAGGGUCAGGCUCUGUGGCGUGAGUUCUUCUACACCGUCGCAUCAGCCACACCGAACUUCACCAAAAUGGAGGGAAACCCCAUCUGUCUGCAAAUCGACUGGUACCACGAUCCAGAAGCUCUGGAGAAAUGGAAAACCGCUCAGACGGGCUUCCCCUGGAUCGAUGCCAUCAUGACUCAGCUGCGUCAGGAGGGCUGGAUCCAUCAUCUGGCGCGUCACGCCGUGGCCUGUUUCCUGACGCGUGGAGAUCUUUGGAUCAGCUGGGAGGAGGGCAUGAAGGUAUUCGAGGAGCUCCUGUUGGAUGCGGACUACAGCGUGAAUGCCGGGAACUGGAUGUGGUUGUCCGCUAGUGCAUUCUUCCACAAAUACACCAGGAUCUUCUGCCCAGUGCGUUUCGGCCGGCGGACCGACCCUCAAGGACAGUAUCUGAGGAAGUACCUGCCUGUUCUGAAGAACUUUCCUUCGCAGUAUAUUUACGAGCCAUGGAAAGCACCUGAAGAUGUCCAGCUUAGUGCCAGCUGCAUCAUUGGUAAGGACUAUCCUCAUCCCAUGGUGUGCCACAUUGAGGCCAGUCAGAGGAACCUGGGUCUGAUGCGUCAGGUGCGCACGGAACAACAGAACACGGCGGAGCUCACACGAGAUGUAGCGGACGACCCAAUGGAGGCGGGGCUUAAGCGUGAGCUGCAGGAGGAGGAGGAGGAGCUUCUAGAGGGGGUGGAGCAACACAGCACAUCCAAACGCUUCAAUGGCGUCACGGAUCAUAAGUCCUGCCCCUGCAGCUGGACGCCAGAGACUCUGCAGUUGAGCGGAGAGGUCAUGUGACUCCAGAGCUGCUGAAUCGGAUCACCUCAUCACUUCAUCAUACUUCCCAGGAGUCUAUCAAAGCAUUUGAACUCUAUUGAUUGUUUUUGGCGGUCUGAACCUUUGUUUUUUAGUUUGUGAACUAAAAGAGGUGAAUUAUGCAAGUUUCUAAUUGUAUGCAACAGCCUUUCUGAUGCAAAUGUGUUCAUCAGUCAGUAAAUACAUUUGUAUAUUAUGCAAAAGAUCAAAUAAAUCAUAUGCA